AUGGUUUUCGUGCCGGGCCUGCCGGGCCUGCCGGGCCUGCCGGGCGCAACCCAAAAAGGGGGCAAAAAGAACACCCUCGUUCAUCGCGCGCAGGAUGUAAACAUCGGCAUCCAGACGGGCCGCCUGGGAGGAGAAGGGAGGAGGCACAUUCAUCCGAAGCCCAGCAUGGAGGAGGGCAUCGGGGUGCACAGCCAAAAGGGCCACUACCGCGACUCCGAGGGGCGCAGGUACAUCCCCGAGAGGGACAGCCUCAUGGCUCAGAAGAAGGAGAAUGAGGCGCGGAGAACGUAG